UGUGGCGGCGCCUCCGUCCGUCCGUCCGUCCGUCCGUCCGUCCGUCCGCCAUGGCGGCGCCGGCCCCGCCGCGCUCCCAGCCCUGUUCCCAGCCCCGCUCCCAGCCCUAUGCCCAGCCCGCUCCCCAGCCCCAGCCCCGGUCGGAUCUCCCGCGACGCCGGGAUGUCACCGGCCCCAUGCCUCACGUCGUGGCGGUGAUAUCCAAGCCUUAUAAGAAAAACGCCCUUGAAGAGGAGAUCUUGGCUGAGAGGGUGAGGGAGGGGGAUCGGUGGGAAUACGCUCGUGAGUUGCAGGUGUUCCAGCACUACCGAAACGUCUGCGACUGGCAGAAGAGCAGGGAGCACAAAUGGGUGCACCGGGCGGCGGAGGAGAAGGCCCGGGCAAAAAUGCGGGACUAUCUGGAGGAGAUCGAUGUGAGAAGAGACAGGCUUCGUGAGCUUCUGGAGGAAGAGGAGAUCAGGUACUUGGCUGAGAUGGACACACUUGCAGCAAUGGAGGCACAGGACAAAGAAGCAAAGAUGAAGGAACAAACAAAAUUACUGAGAGAGAAGAGGGAAAAAGAAAGACAACAACUGGUGGCUGAAAAACGAGAGCAGCAAUUCAGAAACCGCUGUGACGAGUUCCGCACGCUGUGCAUGAGGAGGAACAAGAAGGAAUCGAGUGACAGCCAGCUGGCCCAGCAGGCUCUGAAGGAGGAGCUGAAAAAGGAAGAGAAGAUGGAGGAGCGGAGGCUGGAGGAGAUCUGUGAAAAGGAACUCUUGGCUAAGGAUCACCAAGAGGAGCUGGAGAAGCAGAAAGCGUCGUGGCGGAUUCAGGAGAUGCUGAAUGUGCUCAAUGCCCAGGUGGCCCAGCUCAGCGCCCGCAAAGAGGAGGAGGAGCAGCUGAAGAAAGAGGAGGCUGAAUGGCUGGAAGAAGAGAAGCACCUGGUCAGGCAAGAGAAAGAAGAGCUUGAGAGGCAGAAACGACACAAACAGAAGGAAUGCAGGGAGACGUUGCUCAAAGCAGCAAAGGACAGGAGGGAUCGUCUGAAUGAAGAAAAAGAAAGCCAACUUGCCCAGGAGAAGAUGAUCUUGGAGCAAGAUUUUCAGGACCCCCAGAGGGACGCUGAGGAGAAAAUGAAAAAGAAACGAGAGCUGCUUAAGGACCAACUUACUUACCUGGCACACCUGGCUGAACAGCUGGAGAAGGACAAAGAGCAAGAAGAAAUAGAUGAGAAGCUUUUCAAGGAAGAGAAUGAUCAGGUUUGGGCCCAGAGGGUUGAGAAAAUGAAACUAGAGAGGGAAGCUCGAUUUCAGCUGCUGAGAGAUGUCGUGAAUACAAGACAAGAGCAGAUGAAGGAGAAGUUGCAGAAAAAGGCAGAGAAGCAAUUAGAAGUUGCUGAAGAGAGGAAGUUAUUAGCUGAAACGUUCAGAGAAUACAAACGUUUGGAAGAACUAAAACGUGCAAGAAAAGUACAGAAAGCCAACGAGUACCGGGAUCAGCUCACGAGUCAGAUUUCCUACCGACAGCACCUCCGUGAGGAAGAGGAAAAGGAGAGGAAACGGGAAUAUGAGGCAGGUCUGGAAGAACAGAGAGAGUAUGAAGAAAGGGUGCAGUUCAUUCUGUCAGCGCCCCGGGACUCCAUACUAAAAACCCACCCUAUGAGAAAAGCCCUAAUGUCUGACUCAUAGGGGGCAUUACUCACUGUGGUAUUUUAGCUCACUCAGUUGCCUUUGAAAACAUUUUCCUAGAGUGUUUAUACCUGACUAGAGUUAGCAGAAGUCUCUCCACUGUAAUACUCAAAACAUUUAAUUGGAAUUUAUAAGAAAGGCAGUAUUUUGAAGUUUAUUUCUCCCCUGUGGAUAUUUUUGGGGAAAACGACUGAUCCAAUUCGAAGCGUUUGACAUUUUAAUUCAAGAAUACUGUAUGUUCUCUGCAGUGUAAUAGUGUAUUAUUAUGACACUUAAGACACACAGGCAUUCUUUAAAAUCUGCACGAAGAAAAUUUGUGGAAGACUUUCAGCAAACUUUUAUUAAAAUGCCUUUCAAACUGAAAA